AGCAGGGGGGGCUUUGUCCCACUCAGGAUUUGUUGUAAGCCGUCAGGUUUUUCCGGGAGCUCAGGACUAUGAUAAAUGGCUCUUUCAAGCUGGGAGCUGCCCGUGUUCUGUCUGGCUGGCAGAUGCAGUGCCUAGUCCCUGGCCUCCAGGACAACGCCAACAUGAACGGGACGUCCGAGCAGGCCGACAUCCUGCCGCCCAACUGCAUGGUCAAGGACCGAUGGAAAGUGCUGAAGAAGAUCGGCGGCGGCGGGUUCGGGGAGAUCUACGAGGCCUUGGACCUGCUGACGCGGGAGAACGUGGCGCUGAAGGUGGAGUCGGCCCAGCAGCCCAAACAGGUGCUGAAGAUGGAGGUGGCGGUGCUGAAGAAGCUGCAGGGUAAAAAUCACGUCUGUAAGUUCAUCGGCUGCGGGAGAAACGACAAAUUCAACUACGUGGUCAUGCAGCUUCAGGGGCGGAACCUGGCGGACCUGCGGCGGAGCCAGCCCAGAGGGACCUUCACCAUGAGCACCACCCUGCGGCUGGGGAAGCAGAUCCUGGAGUCCAUCGAGGCCAUCCACUCGGUGGGCUUCCUGCACCGGGACAUCAAACCGUCCAACUUUGCGAUGGGCCGUCUUCCGUCCACCUACAGGAAGUGCUACAUGCUGGACUUUGGUCUGGCGCGGCAGUACACCAACACCACGGGAGAGGUCCGGCCGCCGAGGACGGUGGCGGGUUUCCGAGGGACGGUCCGAUACGCUUCGGUCAACGCUCAUAAAAACAAGGAAAUGGGUCGCCAUGACGACCUUUGGUCGCUGUUUUACAUGUUGGUUGAGUUCGCCGUUGGACAGUUGCCAUGGCGAAAGAUCAAAGACAAGGAACAAGUGGGUCAGAUCAAGGAGCGGUACGACCACCGGAUGCUGCUCAAACACAUGCCUUCAGAGUUCAAUGUCUUCCUGGACCACGUGCUGGCCCUGGACUACUACACCAAACCAGACUACCAGCUGCUGAUGUCGGUGUUUGAGAACAGCAUGAAGGAGCGAAUCAUCACCGAGAACGAGCCGUUCGAUUGGGAGAAGGGGGGCGGUGAUGUCACGCUGUCGACCAGCGCCUCCACCCAACCACAGCACAACACCCGGCCCACCGCCGCCAUGGUGGGAGCCAUUGUGACGCCGGUUCCUGGAGAUCUGCAGCGGGAGAACACGGACGACGUCUUGCAGGACGAACAUCUCAGCGAUCAGGAGAACGCCCCGCCGGUGCCGCCCAGCCGCCCCCCCGGAGAGACGGGCGUCCCCCUUGCCGGGGACACCGGAGAGGCCUGGGAAGACACAGACUUCAACCGCAACAGACUUAGGAUCAGCCUGAACAAGGGUGCUCAGGAGGAGGACUCGGGUCGAGGUGCGUGUCCAGCAUCGCCGAUCUGCGGCGGAGCACCGGAGUCCCCGACGGGUCAGGGUCGGUCGUUACGGUACCGCCGGGUCAACAGCCCUGAAUCUGAGCGGCUGUCUGCAGCCGAGGGCCGCGCCGACGCCUACGGACAGAGGUCCCGGUUGGACAUGCUCGGGUCUCCGUCGCGUCACGUCUACUCCUCCCAGCCGGCCCAGAUGCUGUCUGUGGACCCUGGUUGCCGUGGAGACCGGCAGGCCAGCGGGCGCCAGGAGAUGUCGGUGGCGUCGGUGGACCAGGAGGCGCACAGCAACGCCUUCAUCCGCUCGGUGCCGCUGGCCGAGGAGGAGGACUUCGACAGCAAGGAGUGGGUGAUCAUCGACAAGGAGGCGGAGCUCCGAGACUUCCAGCCAACCACGUCGGGGACCACGGACGAGGAGCCCGAGGAGCUCCGCCCCCUGGAGGAGCAGGAGGAGCGCCGCAGGCUCAGGGCCGCAGGAGGCGAGCUGGUAGUCCGUCCCAAGACCCACACCCGGGACAGCAGCCGCGGGAUGCUAACGCUAACGGAGGAGGAGGCGUCGCGGAGGAGCGGCGGCAGCCCCGCCCAGUCGCCCUGCCACUCGCUGCCGUCGGGACGCCCCCGCCGGAGAGAGUCGGACCCCAUCGGACCCCACAGACCGCUGGACGAGGAGCGGCACCGGCGCGGCCCAAUCAGCUGCGGCGGCUGGCCUCCUACGUCUUCUCCUCCUCCACCCUGGAGACGGAGCAGUACCCGCACGGAGGCGGCAGCUUCAUCCAGAGGAGCCGCUCGGCGGAGAGCAGCCCCGCCCACCUCACGGCCGCCGGCGCCGCCUCGGUGCGCCGCCGCCACGCCGGCACGCUGCCGCCGCCCGGCAGCCCGCGCAGCAGACACUCGGUGCUCAACGUGUCGCGGACGCAGCUGCAGCAGAUGUUAGCCAAGCUCAUGAACAAGAACAACAGCUGAGAGGACUCGGGCCACACACACACACACACACACCCACACACACACACACACACACACACACA